GAGAUGGGUACCCACUCCUCAGUCCCAGCAGGGGCUCCUCUGAGAAUUGUGAUGGUUGGGAAAACCGGAGUGGGGAAGAGCGCAGUGGGUAACACCAUACUGGGCCGGAGGUAUUUCAACUCAUUGUCGAGUCCCCAGUCUGUGACGGAGACAUGUGAGAUAGAACGGGUCCACUGCCACAGACAGAUGCAUAUAAUCGACACACCCGGCAUUUUGGAUACAUCUAAAAGUGCUGAGAACAUAAAGAAAGAGAUUGCAAAAUGCAUCCAUGUGUGCACUCCGGGACCUCACGUCUUCAUCCUGGUCCUUCAGAUUGGCAGGUUCACCAAAGAAGAAGAAAACUGCGUGCAAGCCCUGGAGAAGAUCUUUGGACCCGAGUUUUCUAAGUACGUGAUUGUCCUGUUCACGCGUGGUGACGAGCUGAAGAACAAAACCAUACAGCAGUAUCUGCAAACCGGGCACCCCAAACUUCAAGAGGUGAUAAACAAGUGCGGUAACCGUUACCACGUCUUCAACAACAAGAAAAUGAGGAACAGAGCUCAGGUGGCCAAGCUGAUCAGGAAGAUUGAUGAGAUGGUGUCAGCGAAUGGGGGAAAGUAUUUCACUGAUGAGCUGUUUGAGCAGUCCUUUCAGCAGCAGCAGCAGCUGCAGCAGCAGCCGGAUAACAGUGAUGCAGUGAGGCAGCCGGAUAACACCGCCUCCAUGUAUGACCUGCUGCAGAGGGUGAUACUGUUUCAGGCAGCUCUGGCCUCCUCCUCCCAGAACAGCGCCUGCAGCCCGGAGCAGUGUGACCCCGCUCCGGCGUACUCGCUGAUCGGAUAAGAUUCUGAUUCUUGUCUCGGGCUUCGGCUCCUCUUAUAAAAAACAGCUCAGUCAGAUUAGCUGCUGGUUUUUAUCAGCACGUUCAUUCUUAGUUCUUCAGUGGGAGGCUUUACUGCUUUUCUCUGAUUCAUGCCUUUAAUCACUGAAUCUCCUACAGUUACUAAAUGAUUAAGCUAAUAAUACAUCUACUGUAAUACCUAAUCAAUACCCAAUGUUAUUUUAUAAUGAAAAUGAUCCUGGUAAUGCAAAUGAGUCAAACCUUUUUAUU